UGAGAAGUGAAGAGCUGUUCCUGUGCGAGCGCUUCAUUUGAUUUUUUCAUGGAUUUACACGGGAUUUACCUUCAUAGUUCUGCAGUAUGAUGUUCCUUUUGAGCUAUUCUAUGUACCCAGCUCUCCAUCGUCAGGAGGGUGCUUGGUUCUGCGGCUGAGGUGGCUCAGUAACGGUAGAAGCGGCUGCUGGAAUGUUCCGACAAGGCAGCAACAGUGGCAAUAAGCGCGUGACAAGCGGUGCUCGUCUUUCCUACCCCAAUAUCGUGCCCUCAUCUCCCGGCUCCAACAAAACGCUAGAAAUGGGCCGCAGCUCUAAGAUGAACCCUCUGAGUGCUAUGGGAAUAGACUACACCAUCACGGCUCCUGGAGGAGACCCUGACUACAUCAUGCAUCUGGUCAAUGAUGUGCGCAAGUUUUCUGACGUGCUGCUGAGCCUUAAGGAGGCUUUCCAAUCCAAAGAAAAUCAAGAGUGCUUGCAGCGCUUGGUUGAUGAGCGACUCAGGGAGCUGGUACACAUGUUAAAGGCUAUCAUUAGCAAGCACCAGGCACUCAACUCGUCAGAAAUUCUCGGUGCUGCAGGCACCGUUAUCGCCAAAGUCAAAGGCGUGAACUUCAAGGACAUAAAUAAAGAAAAUAAAGGCAAAAUUUUGGGCGAGAUAUACACAUCGAUCGACACUUUGGCAUUCACGUUUGGCAAUGUAGUGUCUGACUUCCUUAUGGGAGAUGUGGACAGUGGCUCCAGGUUGGGGAACCCCCAAGCCAGAAGUCAUUCUUUUGAAAACCUCUCUGAAGAUUCAGCCAGAUGCAAUCAAGAAAGAAACAAGCUGGAAGAUCCUCCUCUGUCCUCUCCAGAGUUGUACCCUGUGGAGCAGGUGGACCUGCUUCUGCUAAGGAAUGACAGUGGAGUAGAGUCUGCUUUGCUCUACGCCAAGGCCUGGUCCAAAUACACUAAAGACGUGCUUGCGUGGAUGGAGAAACGCCUCAGUCUUGACAUGGAAUGUGCCAAAAGCUUUGUCAAGAUGGCAGAAUCGGCAAAGGCAGUGACAAGUCAACAGGACUACAUGCCCUUCCGGGAUAUUUAUGUCUCUGCGUUUAAGAAUGAGAUUGAGUACAAUCAGGUUUUGCUCCAAACAUCUGCAGCUCUACAAACCAACAAAUUCGUACAGCCGCUGCUCAUCCGUAAGAAUGAUUUGGACAAGCAAAGGAAAGAGAUAAAAGAACAAUGGCAAAGAGAGCUGAAGAAAAUGAGCGAGGCGGAGAGUGCGGUGAAGAAGGCUCGGCUGCUGAAGAUGCAGAAGAGGGAGGAGUAUGAGAAGGCACGCAGCUCUACCAGCCGCACUAGCCGCACUGAGGAGGAGCAGCCGACAGCGGGAGGCAGGACUCUUGAGAAGAAACGAAGGGUGGAGGAAGAGGCCCUACAGAGGGCAGAGGAAGCACAUGGGCAGUAUAAAGCCUGUGUGGCUGAUCUAGAGGCAAAGAAGGUUGGCCUGUCUAACGUCAAGAGUGAGAUCCUCGCUCAGAUCCGGAAGCUGGUCUUCCAAUGUGACCUGACCCUCAAAGCGGUGACAGUGAACUGGUUCCAGAUGCAGCAGGCUCAGUCUGGACCUCUGCCAGUCAACUACCAAUCUCUGUUCGAACAGGCCAAAACGUAUGAGCCUGGUCAGCGCUAUUCUGAGUUUGUGUGCAGCCUUCCCAAAGAGCGUGUGUGGUUGGAGUCUUUGUCUCAGGACAUCACCGCUCCCUCAAAAACUGGAAUGUCCCUUCAUAAGAGGUCUCUGAGCAGUACCCACUCUUCCCAUGGGAACCUGUCCCAGGGCUCUGUUACAUCUGUGGAUAACCACAGUGCAGAUGAGGUCGAGGGGACUGUACAACCCUGCAAGGCCAAGAUUGCAGCGAGACACUCCAAUAGCAGUGUAGACAUACAAGCAGUAAGGCCGCAGGGCUCACAGCGGUGCUGGAGUUUGGGCAGUGUUAGUGGAGGAGGGAUGUGCAGUGACUCAGAGAGUGCUGGAGGAAGCAGUGAGUCUCGUUCAAUGGACUCCCCCACAGCCAGUCCAGGGGAUUUCAAACGCAGGCUUCCCAGAACUCCCUCAACUGGUACCAUGUCUUCAGCAGAUGACCUGGAUGAGAGAGAGCCAUCUUCCCCAUUAGAUAAUGGUCUUGCUGAGAUUGUGAUGGAAACAGCCAGUUCUCCUGGGCCAUUCCGAAAUGCUCAGAUGUCUAAAGCAGCACUCACCCACAAGUUGCGGAAACUGCGAGCCCCCUCCAAAUGCAGAGAGUGUGACAGCCUGGUAGUGUUCCAUGGGGCUGAGUGUGAGGAGUGUUCCUUGGCCUGUCAUAAGAAAUGCCUGGAGACUCUUGCCAUUCAGUGUGGUCAUAAGAAGCUCCAGGGCAGACUGCACCUGUAUGGAAUUGACUUCGCCCAGGUGGCCAAGAACAGUCCUGACGGCAUCCCCUUUAUCAUCAAAAAAUGCACUUCUGAAAUUGAGAGUCGUGCCCUAAACAUUAAGGGCAUUUACCGGGUUAAUGGAGCAAAGUCACGUGUGGAAAAGCUGUGCCAGGCUUUCGAGAAUGGAAAAGACUUAGUGGAGCUUUCUGAUCUCCACCCACAUGACAUAAGCAAUGUGCUCAAGCUUUACCUGAGACAGUUGCCAGAGCCAUUGAUUCUGUAUCGGUAUUAUAAUGAUGUCAUCGGGCUGGCAAAAGAGACUCAGAACAUGGAUGAAACUGACUCACCUAUGGGUAAAUCAUCAGGAGAGCAGUUGUGCCUCAGCAUUGAGCUCAAGAGAGUCAUCUUCAAAAUCAGAGAUCUGCUUCACCAGCUUCCUUUGGCCCACUAUAAAACCCUGCAGUUCCUUAUUGCCCAUCUGCACAGAGUAACAGAGCAAGCUGAAGAGAACAAGAUGACUGCUAGUAACCUGGGUAUCAUCUUCGGUCCCACACUCAUCAAGCCCAGGCAGUUGGAGGCGGAAGUGUCCCUGUCCUCACUGGUAGACUACCCACACCAGGCCCGCAUGGUGGAAGUGCUCAUCAAGCACAAUCAGAUGAUUUUUGAUGUCCCCCUCAGCUCUGUGUCUCCCACCAGUCCAACGGCAACACAGACUUUUCCCAACAUCCAGGACAAAGAGCCAAAACUCAGCCGCCACUCCAGAUCACUCAUGGAUAUCAAAGAGAGUGCUAAAAUCUUCAAGAGACACUCAUCUGUAAUUUCCUCUGCACAGUUGAUGGAAGAGGUAAAGACAGGGGAAAAUAGAGCGCAGACACCUGCAGGUGAGGGAUCAGACAUGAACGGGGUUGGCUCGACUCCUGUGGAGAUGCAGAAGUCCACAUCUGCGUUCAGCCGGCUUGGUGCCAGCAGCCGAAUGGUGCAGCUGCGUCCACAGCACUCCAAACAGGUGUCUCGACCCAUCAGCAUGCCCGUGGAUCGACUGCUUAAUGAGCAUAACAGCUUCAACACAGCAGAGCACGAACCUGCAGCCAUUCAGGAGACCCCUGAACCAGAGAAGCCUUCGACACCUCGACUCACCAACUACAACAGGAACCCAUUCAUUGACACUCAGACACUGAGGAGGACCUGGGACAAACAGUAUAGGCAUUAUGAUGUGACGCCCAGAACUGCAAAGAUAGUAGCCAACCUUCCGCCCUCUGGUGUGAUGGAUAAAGCAAAAUCUGCUGAGACUGUUCCAGGAACAAGCAGUAUCAAUUUAACACCCCAAAGCAGCCCUUAUACCAGCAGCCCUGACAGAGUCAUUAGGAAAGAUGGUACUGGCCAGUCCAGCAUGGCUCCAAUAACCUUUAGAGCACCACGAAUGCUGAAACCCCCUCCUGGAACUUUCUAUAAACCUCAAUCAGGAAGCCAAUUCAGGUCAUUUGAUUUUAUGACAAAGACUGUUUCAGUGUCACCAACCACUACCACGGGGGCUGUUUAUACAACAGCCAUUACCAUAGUUCCAACAAUGGCCACAGCAAACAUUGCAACGGUCUCUAGAACAGUGGAUACACCCCCCACCACACCAACAAUUUCAAUGACUACAGCUACAAUUGUAGCCAAACCAACUGUUACAACGACACUGUCAGCAGGCACUGUAUCAGUGCAGACAGGAGGAGUGGAGGAGGGACAGUCAGAGUGUGAUUCACUCAGCCAUAUCACACUCUCGCCACCUCAGUCUCCAAGCUCCAGUGCUGAGGAGCUCAGCCCCACAGAGAACAAACCGUUGUACCAGAGACGAAGUCGCCGUAUGCAUGAACUGGAGCACAGAGAGGCCCACUUUGUUUAAACAUAUCCUCUUGGUGUUCAAUUUUGUCAUGCUUGGUACAAUAUAUUACAAUCUGCAAGUGACUGGAUAAUCCAGACUAUGGUCAUUUGAUCAUUUGGUCAUUUUAAUAGCAUGAUUUAAAAGGACUAAUUCACCCAAAAAGGAAAAUCCUGUCCUCAUUUUCUCCCACCAUAUUGUUCCAAAUCCAUGUUGGAAUGACUUGAAGGUAGUAAAUAAUGACAGAAUUUUUAUACUUGGGUUAAGUCUAAUAGACUUGUCAAUGCCUUAUUUCAUAUGUACAGUGGCAAGAAAAAGUAUGUGAACCCUUUGGAAUUAGCUGGUUUUCUGCAUUAUUUGGUCAAAAUGUGAUCUUAUCUUAAUCAAAGUCACAAGUAUAGACAAACACAAUGUGCUUAAUCUAAAAACACACAAACAAUUAUGAUCUUUAAUGUCUUUAUUGAACACAUCCCAUUAAAUAUUCACAGUUCUGUGGAAAAAAGUAUGUGAACCCUAAGAUGUAAUAACUGGACGAUCCUCCUUCGACAGCAAUAACCUUAAACAAAUGUUUCCAGUAGCAGCGGAUUAGACCUGCACAACAUUCAGAAGGAAUUUUGGACCAUUUUUCCUAACAGAACUGUUUCAGCUCAGACACAUUCUUUUGAUAUAUGGUGUGAACGGAUCUCUUGAUGUCAUUCCACAGCAUAUCGAUUUGUUUAAGGUCUGGGCUCUGAUUGGGUCACUCCAAAAGGUGGAUUUUAGUUUUUUUUAAGCCAUUCUGUUGUGUAUUUACUUGUGGAUGUUUUGGGUCAUUGUCCUGCUGUAUCACCCAACUUCUACUGAGCUUCAACUGGCGCACAUCCACCCUGAUGUUAUCCUGUAUGAUAUUAUAAACUUGGGAAUGAAUUUUUCCCUCUGUGAAGGCAAUCGUUCCAGGCCCCGAAGCAGCAAAGCAGCACCAAAUCAUGAUGCUCCUUCCACUGUACUUCACCGUUGGGAUGAUGUUUUCGUGUUAGUAUGUGGUGUCCUUUUUUACUUCAUACUUAGUGCUGCGUGAUCUUCCCAAACCAUUCAACCUUAGUUUAAUCAAUCCAGCAUUGUGGAGUGUCAAGGUGGUCUUUGGCAAACUUCAGGCAUGCAGCAAUGUUUUUGUUGGAAAGCAGCAGGUAGCUUCGUGGAGUCCUGUGUGGACACCGUGCCUGUUUAAUGUUUUCCGUAAAGUGGUCUCAUGAACAGAGAUGUUAACCAGUUCCAAUGAUUCCUUCAAGUUAUUAGCUGUCACUCUAGGGUUAUUUUUUACCUCACUAAGCACUCUGCGGUGUGCUCUUUCAGCCAUCUUGCCUGGAUGGCCAAUUUUAGGGAGAGUAUCCACGUUAAUAAAUCGUCUCCAUUUAUAGAUAAUUUGUCUGACUGUGGACAGAUGAAUAUGUAAGCUCUUUGAGAUAACUUUGUAACCCUUUCCAGCUUUAUGCAAAGCAACGGUUCUUAAUCGUAGGCCUUCUGAGAUCUAUUUUUUGCGAGGCAUUGUCCACGUCAGCAGAUGCUUCUUGUGAAUAGCAAACUCAAAAUGUUUGAGUGCUUUUGAUAAGUCAGAGUAGUUCUCACCCUCACCUCUAAUCUCGUUUCAUUAAUUGGAUGCCAGGUAAUUCCAAAGGGAUCACAUACUUUUUUUGCUACUGUAUGCAUUUAAUGUAACGUGUCUUUUUUGUGCCACAAUGUAUAUUUGAAAUGUUUUUAUUAUCCCUUUAAGAAAGGGCAAAAAUAAUUGAGAGAUGAUACUAUUGAAACAUCUCAGUGGAAAUUCUCUGUGUAAAGAGCUUUUGCCUGUUAAUAUACUUUUAAGCUUCUAUUUGAGCCAGAAAAUACAGCAAGGGUCCAAAAUAUUUGUGACAUUCACUUAUUAAUAAGUGAGCACACUUUUAGCUAAUGGGGGUAUUAUGUCUGUAUUUUAAUGCCAAAUGUCAAUCUAUGUUCCCCUUUAUUGUGACAAGAUAACCAUCCAGAGGUUUCAAGAGACACUGCUUAUACAAGUAAUCGGUUAUAAUAAUGUGUUAUUAAAAAGAUGUUACAUGUUAAAUAUUGUUUUAUAAAUUCAAAUGGGAUUUGCAUAGUAUUGUCAUUAAUUUCAUGAAAUCAUGCUCAUUGUGAUGCACUUGCUAAUCCUAAUUGAUAUACGUGACCUGAAUUUUUUGCAUACUCUACUUUUAAUCCUAUGCCACUGCAUGCUAAUAUAAUACAGUUACUGCCAGCUAUUUUAUUUGUUUUAUAGUUCGCCUCUUGAAACCACAGUGCUGCUCAAGCAUGUUUUAGGCUGAGUAAGUGCAUCUGUUUCUUUUUUAGUUCUGAGUCAUAUGCAUUUGUUUAUAUUUUGUACACAUAACCCACUGCCAUAAACAUCUGACUGUACAAACAAUUCUUGAAGACAUGUUUGCAAAUUAAAUACUUAAACUAAUUAAAAAAAA